AUAUAGUGAAUGCAGGGUCUGGGGAGACCAGAUAUAGUGAAUGCAGGGUCCGGGGAGACCAGAUAUAGUGAAUGCAGGGUCUGAGAGAAAAUACAUAUGAAGCAUGAGGGGGUUGGGGAGAGGGGGGUUUUUGUGUAAUCCAGCAUGCAGGGCUGACAACAUUGAGGAACAAAAGCACAGUUUUGUCAGCUUAAACAUAGCAAAAGGGGGGGCAUUUUUUUUUUUCCUUUUUUUUUUUUUUAAUCUCUGGACUUAAAAAGUGAUUUUCUUUCAAGAUUGACAGCUUUCA